AUGAAGUUGACAGUAAUCCUACUGUUGGUAGCUGCCACUGGUCUCUUCGCCGGGUCGCCACAUCACAAAAACCGAAACCGCGGAAAACGACAAGCUCUAUCGGAUGUUAACAAAUGGACUAAUAACACUAUGAACUACUACUACCACAACUUGCCCAUGUUCCGCGACACCUUCCAGUACCUCAGCAGUCAUUCCUGCCUGAAAUUCAAGUAUGAUGAAACAGCAGAAUCUGCAGUCCGGAUUCAGGAGGGACGGUUGUGUAACUCCCAGCUUGGCAUGGUUUAUGGAUUUCAGCAGGACUUGAAUUUCGCGUACAACUGUGCGGCGUUCGGUGUAGCCCUCCAUGAAACAAUGCAUGCACUUGGUAUAGCUCACGGACAGGCUAGAAGCGAUCGGGACCAAUAUAUCGUAGUGGAUUCCAAUGAUCAUAAUGAUGGUAUAGAAGAGAAUACUAUCAAUUCAGUGCCAUUCGACUAUGGAAGCGUUAUGUUGUACUGGAGGGAUCGAUUCCGUUGGCCAAAGGAUCCAGAGUACAACUACACCAUGGGAAGUCUGCGAGUCGCGUUUUAUGAUAUGAUCCUUCUGAAUGACUACUAUAAAUGCAACUGUGAUAGCCACCCGACUAAACUGGACUGUAAGAACGGAGGCUAUCAGAAUCCGGCGAACUGUGAUGCUUGUCUGUGUACUGAUGGAUUUGGAGGACAGUUGUGUGACCAGCUCGAUGGAAUAGUACUAACUGCGGAAACUGAAUGGAAAAAUGUUAUAGCGAGGACUAUUAACAAGAAGGGAAUCGAUCCGAACACUAUGCCACAAAACACUAUUUUCCAUGUGACGGCGCCUGAAGGAUCCACAAUCGAGGUGAGAAUCACCGAACUCUACGGAUUCCAUUGUCAUGAUUUCUGUGAUUAUAAUGGAGUGGAGUUGAAAUACAAAACUGAUCGUCGGAUUGUUAGUCCGUUGGUCUGCUGUGAUGAUGAUAAUCUGUGGAACAAGACACGAUCCUCGACUAAUAAUCCGUUUGUGAUUGUGAAAUAUGGAAACGACCGUACCCCGAUUUUGGAGUUCGAGUAUCGAUAUGUUCCAGGAAAAUGA